AUGUAAGAUAAUAAAAUUUGUUACACACAUCAGGAAAUCAUAAAAUUUAUUUGUAUUAAUCAACUGUGUGAGGAUAGUGAUACUCCACUUUGUAAAUCAUGUUUAACAAAUAAUCAACAUUAAAUAUGUUAGGAGUAGAACUAAAUUAUCACAAUUGAUCAAUUUAUUAAUAAAAUAACAACAUAGAUAGAUAAAAAAGUUUAAUAAGAAUAGAUUCUAUUAGAUAAUUUAAAAGAAACAAAAACUUAAUUAAUAUAAUUUUACGAAGAUGUCAAAGAGUAAUUUUUAUUAUAUAUAUUUAUUAGAGAAUUUUUUUAAAGCAAAUUGAAUUCUAUAGAGAUAAAAUAAUAAGCCAUAUUAUUAAGAAUAUUUAGAGAUCCAAUUUUAUUAGCCUAAAUUAAGAAUAAUAAUUUUAUUAGUUCUAAUUAUUUCUAAGAGAAUAUUGAAGUAGAAAAAUAACCAUUAUCUUUUACAGAUAUUGAUAAAUCUUUAAAUGAAAUCAAAAAUGUUAAGAUUAGCUUGUAAACAAAUCAAAAUACACUUUCUAGUAGUUAAAUUAAUCAAAAAAACUAAUCAGAUAUUAAUUAGAAAAUAUAAAAUAAGUAAAAUAAAGAGACUCAAAAAUGUAAAUUACUUAUUUAAUCAUAAUAAUUUGCAAAGGAAGAACAAGUAAAUGAAAAUUAAACAUUUAAUACAAAUAAAGAUUAAUUUAAAAAUAAUCAAACUUAUUAUUAAUAAAAUGGAAGAUAAUAAUAAGAAUAAUAAAUAAAAAUUUAAAGAAUCAAUUCAGAUUAUUAAAAUUAUCCAAUUGACUCUGUAUAAUAACCAUCAAUUUAGAAUUUUAGACGUUUAUCUCAAAAUCAAGAUUUAAUCGUAGAAUAGGUAAAUAAACCCCCUUUAAAUAAAAUAUAAUUAAAGUAGAAAUUUGGAAAAAAGAUUACAUCAAAUCCUAUAGAAAAAAUUCAGGCAAUUAGCUAAAAAGAAUUAAUUACAUAUUCUGUUAACAUGAUCUAUAAUUUUGAUAUAUAGGAUCAGAAACAGCCAGCCUCUGUUUAAAAUAUGUAAUAUCCAAUCAUAGAUUUGUUAAUUGAUAAUACAAAAAAAAUAUUAAUACAUAUGGAAAAUUAAGUAUUAUUAGUUAGUGACAAACUAUAAAUUUUAGAUAAAAUUUAAAAAAGGAUUUAAAAAAAUCAUAUAACUAUUUAUUCACAUGGUAAGAUUUAUUAAAUAUAUAUUUUUUAGAUUCUAAUACUAGCAAUUUGAUAUAUUAUUAUCAAGAAGAGAAUUAAUUUAUAAGAUACUAGAUGACAAAUAGCAAAUUAACACGGUCGUCUCAAACUCCAUUAUAAUCAUCUGGAGGGAAACUAUUAUCGAUUAAAUUGAUCAAAAGACGGACUCAAAAAGGAGGAUCAUCUUUUUUAUUGUUAGUUGCAUUUACAAAUGGGCUUAUACAUGAAUAUGAAAUGUUCACAAUGAAUAAAAUAAAAUAAUAUUAAUUCUAUUAAACAGAAUACUCAAUUAUUUAAUUAGAAGAUGAAUAUUGUUUUGGAAUUUCAGAAAAGAAUCUUUAUUUGAUGAAAUACUCUGAAGGUUCAACAUAGAAAAUUUGUACUUCCAAAAAAAAUAUUAUUUAAUGUGCAAGUUAUGUUAAUCAAUAAAAGAAUGAAUAUGAAAUCUUAGUAUUGCAAUAAAAUAAUGUAAAUCAAUUGUAUUAAUUAUAGAAAGUAUAUAAAUAUACAAAGAAUGGAGAUAUAAUCAAUUAAAGACAAGCGAGAAUUAAUAAUGUGACUUCUUUGUCAUGUUAUGUUGAAUCUAAUUAACCAAUAUUUUUUGUUGGAUUCAAAGAUGGACAAAUUAAUUGUUAUGAUCUAAAUUGA